AUGUCUUCCUCCAGACUGGGGCUCUGUUUGACUGCCUGUUUACUAAACAUUUCAGAAGCUAGAAGAAAAUACCUUGUUGAGAACAUAGCAAAAGCAGCUCUUCUUGACAAAAAUGGGCAGAAACAUCCAGAAGUAACAGUGCUCAAUGUAUUUUCUGAUGAAGACUAUAGUAGAUCAGUCAUUACAAUAGGAGCUUCUGUUGAUAAGUUGGGCAGCUCUGUUGUGGCUGCUUGCUUGGAGGCCUUUCAUGCUAUUGAUAUGGAAGUUCAGAAGGGAAUCCACCCUGACCUGGGAGCUGUGGACCUGAUUCUGAUUUACCCUCUCUCUGGUGUCAGAGUGGAAGAGUGUGGAGUGGUGGCAAGAAGUGUCCGUGCUAGCCCGUACGUGAUGAACUGCAAUGUUACCAUUGAUUCUCAAGACUUGUCUGUGGGAAGAGAGAUCGCUAGUGCCAUUCGGGGCUCCAGUGCAAAUGGAUUGAAAGGUGUCCAAGCAAUGGCUUUUCCCCACAAAGGGAAAAUUGAGAGCUUGCAAUGUAGAGUGCUUUGA